AUGUCUCUCAAUCUUGGAAUUCUUUCGCUAUCAGUUGGACGUGCAUCAGUCCACUCAUUCGAGCACAAAUGCGACGCCCUUCAAGCGAGCGGUUUCCGUGGAAUUGAACUCUUCAUCGAAGAUCUGGAGACAAUUGCAGCUGCACUUCCAGGCGGCCUCAACAAUGAGAAUCGAAUUGGUGCGGCUCAUCAGAUCCGAGCAAUUUGUGACGCUCGCAAGCUUGAAAUCAUAGAUCUUCAGCCUCUUCUAUUCUUUGGUGGUCUAAUUGAUCGUCAAGCCCACGCUGCGCAACUCGCAAAAUUGCGACUAUGGUUCGACCUGAUUGCAAUCUUGGGCACAGACCUCAUACAUGUGCCAACGAACUUCCAAGCCGAGGGCAUAACGGGCGACAUUGAGGCCAUUGUUGCUGAUAUGACCGAGAUUGCUGACUUGGGAUUGGCACAGAAACCACCGGUGCGCCUCGUGUAUGAAGCUAUGGCAUGGGGGAGAUUUGUAGACACCUGGGAGCAAGCUUGGGAGGUUGUCUUGCGUGUGAACCGACCCAACUUUGGAAUUUGUCUAGACACCUUCCAAAUUGCAGGCAGGAUCUGGGCGGAUCCGACUACGCCUUCUGGUCGGUUAGAUGGCGGAGACUUGGAGCUCAAGAAAUCUCUCAGCAGGAUGUCGUCCUAUAUUGGAAAGAGGCCCGAAAAGCUCUUCUUGGUACAAACGGGCGAUGCGGAAAGACUAUCAUCGCCGAUUACAAAGGACCACCCGUUACAUGUCGAUGGUCAAGAUCCUCGAAUGACAUGGAGUCGUAAUGCGCGGCUCUUUGCUGAUGAUCCAAAAGGCAACUGUUUUCUAAAGGGACCGGUUGACCAGAUAUGUCAUGUCAUAUUCAAUGAGUUGAAGUACACUGGAUGGGUAUCUUGCGAAGUUUACUCAACUUCACUCUUCGACCCUGAUCCAAGCGUACCAUUUCAACACGCUCGCCGAGCCGCCGACGGAUGGAAGAGUGUUCUGAAAACAUUGGAGGUCCAACGCAAAGGCUCAGAGGCUGUGCGAUCUCACCGGGUGUCGAAAGAGCGGAAAGAUUACAGCUGGCUGCCCUCUGCGUGGAGAAUAGCCCCCACGAAUAUGGUUAUUGCCUUCUUUGUUGUAGCCAUCUGCACCUUGUGUCCACUUGUUUUGUCCAAGAGCACCUUUGCUUAG